UGUAAAAACAAAGGCAGCUCACUUGUCCGGGAUGAGAUGCUGCAGUGACAUUGUUUGGUGGUAGUUCUCAUUAAUAUCUGGAGGAUGGACUGCCGGGGAGUUCUGCCUGCAUUAUGCGCCGCUUGUUUCAUGGGCAUGGCGUUGAGCCAGACCACGCUGACUCCUGCUGUGGUGAACACCACUCUCAUGGAGAAUGGGACCAGUCUGACUGUGACUCCCGUGAUGCUCAGCACCACGACCCCGAGCUGCCUUGCAUUCAACACUUCCACGUGUGAGCCCUGUGCGCCGGGAUCUCAGUACGACAACAACACCUUGAUGUGUGAGUGCUGCUUGGACCCCGGGCUGUGUCUAUUUCCUGGAGCCUGUCUGCCAUGCACCACCGGUUUCUAUCAGCCACUGGCAGGACAGCAGCAGUGUCUGCCCUGCAACCGGGGAUUCUACACAAAUUUCACAGGAAGUCCGUUAUGUAACCCCUGCCCUUCUGGAUCCUUCAACAAUGACACCGGCAGAGACAAUUGCUCAUCUUGUUCACCGGGUUUCUUUACAUCGCAACAGAGCUCCACUUCAUGUGCUCCAUGUCCACUGGGAAGGUUUUGCAACUCCGCCGGCUGUAGCCAGUGCCAGAUGUGUCCUGGAGGAACAGAAGCGCUCCAGACUGCAGCUAGAGACUGCACACAAUGUCGACCAGGCAUGCACAAGGCCCCCCAUCAGACGAUGUGUCAAAUCUGCGGCAGCGGCUUCUUCCAGAUCCACUGGGGCCAGGAGAGCUGUGACGUAUGCCCAGAGAAUCACUACUGCCCUAGUCCAGACGUGAACCCCAUUCAGUGUCCCAGCGACGCGUUCUGUCCUGAGGGGAGCUUGUCUCCAGGCUUCUGCAUGGAGACUUUCUUCCGCAAAGAAGGGGAAACUUGUGAAUUGGCUCCUGUCUCUAUUGCUCUUUUAGUUAUUGGAGGAGGGGUGGCCCUGCUCUCCAUCAUUUUAAUAGUCCUCCAUCAACGGAAAGACACUGAUAGAGAGCUGUCUGUAGCCCGAGCGCCAUUACUACGCAAAGAGCGACCUCAGGGUCGAUACGACGGAGUCCCCUGUGAUGCAGACCCUGUGUAUGCUGGCUGGUGAACCAGAGGACUUCAUCUGAGCUGUCUUUAGUGUUUGGUGGGAACAAACCGACUGAAGUCGGAUCUCCAGUUGGCUGCCGGACAAAGACAAAAGGACUGAUGCUUAAACCCUGGACUGGUGCCUUGAAAGUACUUUGAAAAGCCAUCAUCUUUUUUAAUGUCGUUGAAUAUAUUAUUGAGCAACAUAAGUCGUUGUGAAUUCUUGUAGUUUGACACUGUAACAGAAAGAUAAACACGCUGUAUUUGUAAACUAGAUUAUUGGAUAGCGGGGAGGCUGGAACGGUGAAAAUAAGAUGCGUGCCUUGACUUGGUGGGAAUCCCUCUCGCUUAGAAAUAGCACCUUUUUUUUUACACAGAUAACUGAUUUACUUUGCACUUACUUGUGGAUGCCUCCAUUAACUUGUGUAGUUCCACAGCUACAGAGAGGUACAUGGUACCUUGUGUUUUUUAAUACAUUUAGCACAUCAUGUUGUCUGUAAACCUUUGCUUAAUGUUUUUCAUCUGCUUUUUUAAGGUUAUAUUUAUAUGUUUAACCCUUGUGUUGCCUUCGGGUCAAUAUGACCCGAUUCAAUGUUUAACCCUCCUGUUACCUUUAUAUUUACUAACAUAUUUUACCCUUGAGGUCAAUAUGACCCCAGCUAUUAAAAUCUCCAGAAAAUUAUUAGAAUUAAUAUUGUUUUCCAAGUUUAAGUGUGAGGUACUAUAUGUUUGUUUGUUGACUCCCGAAAGAACACCGACAUUAAACAUUGAAUCGGGUCAAAUUGACCCGAAGGCGACAGGAGGGUUAAAUAUUGAAUCGGGUCAAAAUGACCCGAAGGCAACACAAGAGUUAAAAGAAAAUAAAGACCCUAAUUGCACACUGUUUUGUACUCAUUUCAACCUUAUUGAAAACUUAUUAAAAAAUAAUACAAUUUUGA